GCGACGAUUGCCAGUCACAGUUUUCUGCACGUAGUUUAUUAGGUAGGCUAGCAGCAAGUUUAGUUCAUUUCCUUAUCUCCACAGCCUGUGCCAUUCCACCCUCCACCUCCCCCCAACGCCGACGCAACGGCUCACUGGACUCUGUGCGCCAGUGUCUGGUCGCAGGCUUUCAAGUUGAAACCGCUUUGCUGAACGCCAUUGGCUGGUAAUCUCCUGCAACUCGCGGCAAAGAGGUGGGUUUUUUCGGACUACCAACGUGCACCUCUUCUCUGCUCCUUUCACAUUCCCUCCACUUUGCUGCUUCCUUUUUCCCUCUUAGUCGAAAGAAAACUAUAGCGCCAUGUCUGCCAACACUGAGAACUUUACGCUCCCCAAGGCCCUGCGCAUGGUCAUCAUGGGUCCUCCCGGCUCGGGCAAGGGUACUCAGGCUCCUAGCAUUGCCGAGAAGUUCUGCGUUUGCCACCUGGCAACCGGUGACAUGCUGCGCGCCGCUGUUACCUCGGGCAGUGCUCUGGGCCAGCAGGCGAAGAAGAUCAUGGACGCUGGCGGCCUGGUCAGCGACGAGAUCAUGGUGGGCAUGAUCAAGGACAACAUCGAGAACAACUCUUCCUGCAAGAACGGUUUCAUCCUCGACGGCUUCCCGCGCACCGUCGUGCAGGCCCAGAAGCUCGACGAGAUGCUCGAUGCCCGCAAGCAGAACCUUGACCACGCCGUUGAGCUCGUCAUUGACGACUCGCUGCUGGUUGCUCGGAUCACUGGUCGCCUGAUCCACCCGGCGUCCGGCCGCUCGUACCACAAGAUCUUCAACCCGCCCAAGGCCCCGAUGACCGACGACAUUACCGGCGAGCCACUGAUCCAGCGCUCUGAUGACAACGAGGCGACCCUGGGCAAGCGCCUGCAGACCUACCACAAGCAGACCGCCCCUGUUGCUGCGUACUACAAGGAGCGUGGCAUCCUGAGGCAGAUUGACGCUGCCCAGAGCCCCAAGGCUGUCUGGCAUACCAUGCUGGCUAUCUUUGGCUCCAAGCAGUAGAUACCUCCCCGCCCUUCUCCACUCACUGCCUCAACCGGCCAGUGUCUUUCGCUUAGUCAUGGCUGGAGCGGGUUUGGGGAGUGGCUAUAGCAUCGUUGGAUAGAACCACCACUUUCCGUCUAUAUAUCCUGUGUCAAAACAUACCCUCUAGCGGUUGAUUUAAUCUUAAUUCUACGGUGUGAUCGAGAUGGACCAGUCCGGAACCAGCUCUGAACCGGUUUCACAUUCGCCUGAAUAGCAGGGCGGUGGCAAGCAGGUGGGUCUGGCAAGUGAGGCAGGUUUCGCGCUCCACCUUUACCAAGGGUGUUGAUGAUAGUGCGUCUCUUUGCGGUGCCACAAGCUGUCCAGAAUGAUAUAAAAGGUUGCAUUUACUACAG